UUUCUGGCAAGAAGCUGAAUGACUUUCAUGUUUAUAAUGAAACUGAUUUUUUUAUCCAGUUGUUUUUCUUCAAUAGCCCCAUUCAAAGUCUUGGAUUAAAAUCUGGAAAUGUCACGAGUCCUGAGAUGGAUGUUAAAGUGGCUGCCAGGACUCAAUAUCUCCUGGCUCAAAGGAUGGGCUUUGUUUUGGAGGUCAGAAAUGGGAACAUAAGCCAGAGCCCUGAAUUAUACAGGCGAUCACAGGAUAUAAACUGCUGCCCAAAAGCAAGCUCCGGAGAACUUCAGUAACCUCCAGGAAACCUCUGAGGUUAGGAAGACCAGCACAGCCAAAGAAGACAUGAGGAGUCUGCUGGCAUUGCUGACCAUGACUCUGGCCCUGGCAGCGCUCUACUGUUGUGAGAAAGAUCCCAAAGACCCGUCAGGAUCUCGCAACACUGACACAGGCAUCAAGAUUACAAAGGAAGUUGCCAAUGCCUUUGUGAAAAGGCAGAAGAGAUCCAGCCUGUUUGAAUGGUACUCUGAGUAUUACAAAACUUCAACAGAGCAUAUGCAGGAGCGUUGUGAAAACUACCCACCUUGUGACUACCUCUCUGACCAAAUAGGAUUUCCCAUGGCCUACAACCAUUUCUUUGGGAGAUACUAAUGAUAGGAUGGUCACAUCGUUCACUUUGCUUGGGACUACUCUGAGCGCCCCAGGAGAAAGAAGGAGGGAAGAAAUACAUCUAGACUGGGGCCGCCUUCUGUUGUCUCCCUAGCCAGCUGGAAUGCCAAGGCAAUAAUUAUCCUACUUGCUGAGCUUGCAUUAGCUAUUUUCCUUUCAUCAAAAAUGUUUCUCUUCAGUCAUCUUUUGUGGUAUUUUGAGCUUUAUCAGAAUUGAUUGAGAAGACUGUCUUACUUCUUUCCAUUUGAAUCCUUGUGAAGCAGUAGGUGAAAAAAAUGGGAUUCCUCUCAAGAAAAUCAAUGUAUGCCUUAGAAACAUAACAAGACCUUUUAUCCUCUUCUACAAAAUGCAGGAGGAUUACAGAAGAACAAUGUCACAACGUGCGUAAAUGUGAUGGAUCUGAUCCUGGGAUGCUCACUGAGAAGAAGGCAAAAUGGUUGCCCUCUGGUACAAUGACUGGGAAAGUUCAGUAUUUUCAGGUAGCAUAAUCACCUUAAAUAUAUGCAAGUGUAGGAUCAUUUUGUAAAGAUAGAAGUGUAAAAAUACUAUUACAUAGCCAGAAAUCAGGUUCUGGUACAAUCUUCUGAUUCUUCUGUCACAAAAUUUGCCUGUAUAGCACAACAGAUAAAUCCCGAAAGGUGUGUAUAAGGAGUUCUUUUAGAUGAGCCCUUCCAUUUGUAUGCUGCAUUCAGUGACUGUGUAAAAAGUAACUUUGAAAUCUCUUGCUGGUUUUGUUACAAAUGGUUUCUGGUGAAACUGAAUAUAUCCAAGCAGAACAAAUAAAUAAUCUGUUCUACUCUGAUGCUUUAGCAUUUAUGCUUUAGAGUAAAAAUUUCUAAACAGCUAAAAAAAACCACCCGAAAACCCAAAGAAAAAAAUAAGCAAUAAACCUUAUGAAAUAAACAAAACCGAAAUUGGUUCAAGGAUGAAGUUGUGUCAGCAUUUGGUUUAUUCAAGGAAACUUAUAUCUCUCCUUACACAUAUUAAA